GUGGGGUGGCCGUUGGGCCUCGAGCUCUCAAUUCAAACAGGCUGCGGGUUCGGUUCCAGUAACUUCAACUCCAAGGAGCAAGCUCAGUCUCAUGGUGUAACUCAAAUAAUAAAAAGCUGACAAUGGAGUCACACGUCCAGAGUGUUUUUUUCUGUAUAAAAUUCUUAAUGGUUGGGAUCAAUGCCGUCAUAACUGUUGCUGGUUUUGUGCUUCUUGGAUUCGGUGUCUGGGUAAAGAUUCAUGGUGAUUCCAUCCUACAGAUCCUGGGAUCGCGGGCUGGGCAUUUCCUGAAUGUCGGCUAUUUCUGUAUUGCUGCAGGGUGCUGCCUUGCAUUGCUAGGGUUCAUUGGCUGUUGUGGUGUUAUCAAAGAGAGCAAGUUACUUUUGAUGCUGGUUGCAACUGUAUUUGAAGAAGAAGCACUUUACUUGUUAAAAAACAACUACACUGGAUAUGGUGACAAAAAUUUUGCAAGUUAUGGAUGGGAUUCUGUUAUGGCAGCUUUUCAUUGCUGUGGGUUAAAUAAUUACACAGAUUUUAUAGAAUCAUCCUAUCAAAAACUAAAAGGACGUCUAUAUCCUAAGAGCUGUUGUCGAGACCCUGUUUCUCCUGACUGUGAUGGCUUCGACACAUCAGAUACAAUUAUCUAUUCAAAGGGCUGUUUUACUGCCGUAACCGCAAUGAUCAAAAGGAACAGUGCUGUUAUUGGUGGCGUUGCUGUUGGGAUUGCUAUGAUAGAGGUGUUAGCAAUGGCCAUUUCACUGACAUUAUUCAUCAACCUUUUCCGGAUCGUAUAGUUUGGACUCAGAUAUCUUGUGUUUCUAUUGGGCUCUGUUUGAUCUAUUAAGUAUGUAUUGUAAAUAAAGGAUUGAAAAAAUGGAUGAAUAGGAACAGUUGCACGAAAAUAUCCUGAAAGGAUCCCAAUGCUAUCAUAAUCCACUCAAGCAUCAGGCUAAUUGUUUACUAGGAAUUCAACACUGUCAUAAUCCACUCCAGCAGCAGACUAAUUGUUUAAUGCAACCCAUUUUCAUUGUAACUCAAUCUCUGCCACCCAUUCUUUUAUUUUUUAUAUGUAAAUACUUUCCUUUGUGUCAUUAAUGUGUUAUUCAUGAUCUCAUUGAGGAAGUAAUUUGUGGCAUCAUUACUGUGUGAUUAGGAGAAUUCACUCUGUGGUGGCUUUAUUGGAAGCAACACUGUUUCAUCGUGUAGAUUUAUUUAUCUACAUGCCUUGCCACAUGUUCUUCAUUGGCCACAUCCAUUAGCUAGGGAUCGUCAUAAUUUAUCGGAGUAUUUCAGUGUGAUGAUCCAGACUGCAGCCUGCUUUUUUUUUCGUACAAAGUGCCCUCUGCUAAAUAGUUGGCAGCUAUGAACUAAAUUAAAAUAAUUCUUAGGUGCUGUUUUUGCCCACAGGCUGCGUCAAUGUAGAAAUCAUAAUUACUCAGUUGAAACAACUGUAAUAUUCUCAGUGAGCAUACACAUAAGCAGAAUGCUGUAAAUGGAUGGUGCAGUUAGUUUUUAGUGGUUCUUUCCAACCACACUUCUCUCAG